AUGAAAGCAGGUGAACAGCUCUGCGGCCGACGGGACCUGACACCACACCUCAGGAGUCGGGUCAGGCCAAAGCCUAGUGAUCGGCUGGCCCUACAUCAGAACUCACUGGAGUGCUGUGGAGAAAAACAGAGAGUGAACAAUUCAUGUUCAAACGACACUCACUGUGAACCAGGAUGCUUCUUGCGUUUCCUUGAGAACAGCAACACUGUUUGCAUAUUCUGUGACUCAGCAGCUGUGGAUUUGGAGAACAUAACAGUCUGCACCUACAACUAUACAAUGGAGAGGAAAAAUCACACAACUGUAACUACUGUCAUUCCUAAAAUUGGAGGGCCAGGUGUGGCAGCCUCUCUGCUUCUGGGAACACUGUUGAUCAGCUUGUUCCUGAUCCUCUCCGUUGCCUCCUUUUUCUACCUCAAACGCUCCAACCGACUCCCGAGGAUCUUCUACCGUCGCAACAAAGCCUUCAUAUUCCAACCAAGUGAGACAGCUGUCAUGAUCCCAUCCUCGUCAGUGAGGAAGCCAAGAUAUGUCAGAAGGGAGCGGCCCUCCGCAACUUCAACAGGGAAUAGUGCCACCGUACCCACCACAACCACCACUCCAGUCUAUAAUGUGUAGGAGGAGGGAUGGGAGUGCUGGUGCAGGUAGGAGAGAACGCUCAGGAAAGAUUUUCUUAUCGUGUGAAGGUUCAGCAGUGUGAAGAAAGAUCAACUCGUACGAAAGUAAAGGAACAUGUAACUGUUGCUGCUUUUGCUGCAUUCUUGUCACUAGGGCUGUAACUUUUCAAGAGUGUGAUGUUGAAAAAAAGUUAUCAGUAUCCAGUAUCUAACCUGUCAAUCCUCUCGACACAGUCUCUGACUUUCUUUGUAAAUUUCAGGUCAGUCUGUUGGUUCCUCCCACUCGUGUACUCAUGCACUUCAGUAUCACUCCUUUUGUUUUUAAGUCUAAACACUGUUAUUUGUUUUCCUCUGCUCUUUGAGAGUGUUUGUUCUGGUAACCUGCAAAACUAAAGUAUAUAAUAUACCUGUCCAUAAAGGAAUGGAGUUUGACAUUUAGGGAAAUAUGCUCAAUCGCUCAUGUUACAUCUUGUAUCUGUUUUAAUCUGUAUAAACACACACACUAUUUUGGCGAAUUAUCUUGGUUUGGUUUUUGUACGGAUUAAACAAACAAGAUACAACGCCAUGAUGAGUGAGCUUUAGAGGUGCUGGUGGAUGACCUUUGUUACCUUUGGACAGAGCCCUGUUUCCAGCCUUCAUGCUAAGCUAAGCUAACCGGCUGCUGGCUGUAGCAAUAUUUUUAACAGAUUUGAGUAUCGAUUGUCUCAUCUAAAACACUGCAAGAAAGCUCAUUGGUGUAUUUCCCAAAUUGUCAAACUGUUCCUUUUUUAAAGCAGAGAUGAAUGGAGCCAGUGUUUUGGGACAAAGUGACAGUCCAGUGACAUUUUAUGGAACAUGUCCAAACCUCCAUGUUUUUAAGUUUUCUAAUCAGGAAGUUAUUUUUACAUGUGUGAUCUUUAUUUGUAUUUUGUAAAUGUGCACUGAGUUUAACUGAUUACAGUCAGACCAACAGAAUAAAUGAUGUGUCUAAUAGCCAGUAGGCAGUUUUAGGGGGGAUGCCACCCAAUUUGUCAGCAAAAUGACUAAAAUACAUCCCCCUUGUUAACCAGCCAUACCCCGUACUAACAGGUGGACUGCGGUCUGGGUCCGGACCCAGGUGCUGUCCUAUUCUGACCAGGACCUAUAAUCGAUUUAAACGCCACAGUUUUUAUAGCCUUUAACAGCAAGUUUAGCUGACCAACUGCAUUCGUUAUAAAUCACUUUACGUUAAUCUACUCAGCCAAUCAAAUCUGUGCUUUCACAUGCCGUGCAGAGAAAAGUUUGAGAAAGUUUCCUCAAACAAACAUCAGGAACAUCAUAAUGCAUGAACUCAUUGAUGGUUUAUCUGACUGAGGUCCCAACAAUGGCUCUGAAAUAUCAGUAGCCUAACAAAUGACAAAUCCAUGGUGCUGUCCAUGGUGUUGUAGCUUACGGAUUUGUAAUAGCACCUUUUUCUCCCAGUCCCGCCCUUCUGUUAGUUUCUUAUAGCUCAUACAGCAGGUUACCUAAAAGAACCGGGCCACCUUCCCUGUUAAAAAUGAACAAAUCACCUACUCCCAAUCGUAGUUCCUAGAGCUCGUCUGAUGGAUUGGGACAUUUCAGGGAGAGUUACUAGAGGUGCUGAAAUGGAUGAUUGUUGGACUGCGUUUUGUGUUUUUAUUGCAUUCGUAUUUAUUUUUAUGAGCUUAACCAAGGUGAAUGUAUGACACAUGUACAACACAUCAAGCAUCGCAGCUGCAUGCAUCAUGAAUUGCAUUCCACACACAUAUAUAUUCCAUAAUAUGUCAGGAUUUUGUGCGGCUUCUACCGUGGCCAGGUCUCUCUUGUAAAAGAGAUUUUUGAUCUCAAUUGGACUUCCUGGUAAAAUGAAGGUUAAAUAAAUAAAUAAAUAAAUAACAGACCCACUCAGUCAUGAAAAACUGAAACUCAUUUUCAACAACAAAUUCAUGCUUUUUUACAAAGAGUUCUGUGAUUCUAUAAAACCUGCUAAAAUACCAAUUUUGUUCUAUGAAAUAAAUUUAGAUUUCAACAUUUUAUUUUCUUAAAACAUGAAAUCACUGAAUCCAUGUGCACUUUAUUAGUCUGAGGUCAUCCGCUAAUUUUUAAAAGAAACACUUGGAACUUGUUGCUAUCAAGUGUGAUUGAGAUCUUUUUUUUGUUGAAUAGAUGGCAACACUAUUGUUGCAUUGUGGACUUUACUUGAUUCUGUCAACAUUUGCCAGAUGUUGUCUGAAGAAAAUGGCUUAUACUGUGUGCCAUUACUGUGAUUACUGUGCCAUUAUGAGCUUUAAAUGCAGCCAGGAAACGUUAAGUCAUGGCGUGAUGAAUAAUUGGGUAUUUGAAUUAUAUCCAGUGGCCUUUACUGUACUCUAUUAGAAAACAAGGCUAGAUAUCCAAGUUUUAUUUGCUACGUGGUAUUUUCUUUCUUAUCGUUUUAUAUGUUGACAACAUUAAGGCUGUAAAAAGUAAUUUCUGUCUUCAGUAUAUGUGAAGCCAUAUGAAGUGAACCAGAUAGAAAGGCAGCAAUCAUUCCAUGAAUAUUCCCCUUUUUGCUUCAUGUGUUUGCUGUUGUACAGACAACCAUAAGCUGAAUACAUGUACAUAUUGUUUUAUACAAAUGAUGUAUUGUUUUUGUAAUAAUGUAUAUAUUCUAGUUUCAAUGCCAUGAAGAAUGUUCUGAAGAUGUCUGUAAUGUUUGGAGAAAUAAAGCACCUUUCCAUAACCAUUGUUUCCCUCCGUGCAGUUAUAAAGACAUUUAACUUCAUAUUGUUCAAAGACCAACUGGACUAAUUUUGAUACUGUAUGUUCCUUCUGUGAUUCCUGCUGCUGAUAAUAAACAAUGCCUCACUGUG